AUGGGGAGCCCAGAACUAAUACAACAAUACUUCGGCCAUGAGUCUAAAACCACCCUCGGUCCCAACGCAAGUGUUCAGAGCGUCGACGAUGUGAAGCAUCCUGCACAAGAGAGUACGAUUCAACUCUUCGAGAAUGAGGAGCCAACAGACGCUCAACAAUGGCAGCCCGGCGUUCGUGACUGGCUUGUCUUCAUCUGCAUCGUCAUCCUAGCGAUGAUGGAUGCGUUCGAUGCCACGGUGUUGAUCCCGAUGCUACCGGACCUAGCAAACACAUUCGACGAACCAUUCGUCAGCGUCCUCUGGAUAAACACAGCUUAUCUUGUUCUCAAUGCUGCCAGUCAACUUUAUUUCACAAUGAUGUGCGACGUUUACAGCCAUGGCGCGGUGUGGACUAUCGCCGUCGUACUCACAACCAUCGGUACCGGGAUCUGCAGCGGAUCGAUGAGUCUAGUGGAAUUAGUCGUCGGUCGCCUGAUACAAGGAAUUGGAGGGGGCGGCGCCAUGAGCCUCUGCUUCGUGGUGAUGACCGAGUCAACCCCCGAGCACAUACAGUCGCGAUAUUCGUGCUACAUUCUGCUCACCCGAAUCAUUGGUACCAUGGUCGGCCCGGUUGUCGGAGGUCUCUUCACCGAUUACGCACAUUGGACAUGGGCUUUCUACUUCAACUUUAUAUUCUGCGCGCUUGGCAUGCUUGUGAUACCGUUUGCAGUUGACUUGCGCGUGUCGAAGAGUAUCCCGCUUCGCAAAUUGCGUAUUCUGGAUUGGUCUGGAGCUACAAUGGCCUUUAUGGGGCUGGGAGGUAUUCUCGUCGGUCUCAGCUGGGGAGGUAUCUCUUACCGUUGGAACGAAUGGCAGACCUUGGUGCCCAUUGCCGUUGGGGUGGCGGUUCUUAUCGCUCUACUAUUCUACGAGUCGACUUGGGCCCUGCAUCCACAGUUUGGAUCUCGGGUAUUGGGAAGCCCGGGGGCUGCUAUGACCUAUGUGGGGUGUUUUUGUCACGGCUUCGUGAUCUUCUGCCAGCUUCAGUUCUUCACCAUGUUCUUCAUUUCAACCAAGUACCUGUCAAUAUCUCUUUCCGGUAUAGCCUUACUCGCCAUCACCGGUCUCUCUGUCGCGCCCGCCGCGGUUGUGGGAUUUGUUCUGGCAAGGGAGUCCCAGUGCGCUAAGUGGAUAAUCUCCGGGGGUUGGGUUCUUACAAUUCUGGCUUCUGGAUGCUCAAUCCUGUUGGAUGGUGCAACGCCAACGAUUGGCUGGGUUUUCCUCUUCUUCUCGAUGGGGUUAGGUCACGGCCUGCUCCUCUCAAGCUACAAUAUCCGGAUACAGAGCAUUCCAAAGGAAGAGGGAACCGCACUAUCUACAAUGCCGAUCAUUGUUUCAAACUACAUGCGGACUUGGGGCAUGGCAGUGGCGAUCCCUGUUGGAGGUGUGAUCUUCAUGAAUCUCUUCGGUCGCGAACUUCAUCUGGCGGGCUUGGAUCGCGAGCUGAUUAACACGGCUAAGGGUUAUAUCAUCUUGAUGGACCAAGUUAAGAUGUCUGAUGAGUACCGCAAAGCUAUUAAGGAUGCUGCGGCGUUGGCUUUGCAGGGGACGUGGGAGGUUAUAACAGGCGUUGCUGCAGUUGGGGGCAUAUCGUCUGCCGUUUUAUGGAAGCGGUCCUCUGCUUGA